AUGGACAUUCGAUUGCCAUACACCGAUUCUGGAAAAAAAGACCUCGAUAAAACUACGCCCGGUCCGGCAAUCGUCCACACUCAUGGUGGUGGCACCAUCCUGGGUGAUGUGGCUAUGUUCCGUGGAUACCUUAGCCAACAGAUCCAACAGCAUGGCAUCCAGGUAUUCUCCGUUGAAUACCGCUUGGCACCCGAGCAUCCCUUUCCCACACCCGUGGAGGACUGCUACGCAGGCCUGGUCUGGGUCAACCAACACACGGACCGAUUCUCAAUUGACCCCCGUCGUAUCGCCGUGAUGGGCGAGAGUGCUGGAGGUAACCUGGCCGCCAGUAUUACCCUGAUGGCCCGCGACCGCGGGCUCUCACCCCCAGUCGCGAGGCAGAUUCUUGUCUACCCCAUGCUGGACGACCGCAACACGGCCCCGUACCCAGCUCUCCAGAACCUGGUGACCUGGUCAACCGAGUCUAGCAUCGUGUCUUGGGCAGCAUACCUGGGGGCGGAGUCUGGUAGCGACAGUGUAUCGCCAUAUGCAGCCCCCGCUCGCGUAGCCAGCGUCGAGGGGCUGCCCCCUACCUAUAUAGAAAUCGGGACUCUGGACAUCUUCCGCGACGAGGUGCUGAGCUUCGCCUCGCGGAUUGCAGCGGCUAAUAUCGAGGUGGAAGUGCACAUUUAUCCAGGGCUACCACAUGGGUAUGAUAUGUUUGUGCCUGUUUCUGCUGCGGCACAGAGGGCGAUCACGGAUCGGGUGCGCGCGGCCUCUGCCUUGUAG